AACUCAGGUUCAGUUAUUGAGUGAAAACACCAACAGACUCAGACAUUUAGAACAAACUAAGAGUCAGAUCAGCAGAAACAGAGAACACGGACAUGUCUGCUGUAACUGCGUCGCUCUGCUCCACGCUGAUGUUUGUCCUGUUCGUCUCUGCAGACCAGAAAAUCAUCACAGCUGAGUCUGGACAGGACGUCACUCUGACAUGUCGAGCUACAAACAACAACAUCGCAGCUGUAAAGUGGAACAGAACUGACCUGGUAGAUAAACAUGUGCUUUUGUACCAAGAUGGGAAGUUUGUUCCAGCCAACCAGCAUCCAUCUUUUAAGGACCGGGUGGAUCUGCAGGACAGACAGAUGAAGGAUGGAAAUGUGUCUUUGAUUCUGAAGAAUGUGACGAUUAAUGACACUGGAAGAUACGAGUGUCGUGUCCAGACGAAUGAAACUCACUCAUGGGACCUCAUCACCAACCUGACUGUUGUUGUUCCUCCAGGUCCGACAGGAGGACACACUAAGGAAGGAGGAAAGACGGAUAAAAUAAAGGAAGACAGAGGGAAGGAGGAUGAACAUGUUGGAGUGGCAGUUUCUGCUGCGUUUCUUUGUGCUGCUCUGCUUCUUGUUGUCGGUGUUGUUAGGUUUUGGAUAAAAAGACGACUUCAAUCUAAGACUUACGAUGAUCCAGAGAUCACACAGCCUCUUACCUCUUCGCAGGAGGACAGUUACACAGAUGACCUGAAGAUAAGUUAACAUCCAGGUUAAUUUCAUUGAAAUUAACUUUAAAUUAAGCAGGUUUUUUUGUGUUGGUUUAAAAUAUCAACCUCAUGUGGCCUUUUCUUCUUUAACUGCAGCACAAUGUGAAAAAAACAAGUUUGUAUAACAAGCUUGUUUUAGGUGCUAUUAUUUAGUUUUAUAUAUUUGUAUUUUUUAUUUUUGUUACUUCAAAGUAAAUCCAGCUUAUCAACUUUACUGCUCACAGAGGGAUGCGAACGCUGUAUGAAACUAAAAAUUCAUGUAGCUGAACUGUAGAUAUUUCUCUCUGACUCUGAACUGUGAACCUCGCCAGCUUCUUCUAUUCAACAAGUUCCUUAAUGUGUCUUCAUGUAUAUGUCUCAUCUUUACAUUUAUACCUGUGUAAUGUUGUUUUUUAUUAUCUAUGUUUUUGUAACGUACAGAGGUGAAAGGUUUAAAGGUUUUCUUUAAGUUCUUGCAGUUAUGAAAUUAUGAUCUUUAUGUGUUUUGUGAACAGACUUAUGAUUGGCUGUUUCAUGUGAUGAACCAGAAAUAAAUGAAAGAAACAGAG